AUGAGUGAUGGUCAAGAAAUUGGUAAUCAGCCAGUGGAUGAAAAGGCUGACAUGAGAACAAGUACACACCAGAAAAAGAAUAUAUCAGCUUUAUUGCUUAUGCCGCUUGCAUUCCAGAGCCUUGGAGUGGUUUAUGGAGAUUUGGGCACAUCUCCCUUGUAUGUUUUCUACAAUACAUUUCCAGAUGGAAUUGAAGAUACAGAAGAUGUUGUGGAUGAUUUGUCAUUGAUUAUAUACUCCCUCACUCUCAUCCCUCUUAUCAAAUAUGUUUUCAUAGUUUGUCAAGCAAAUGACAAUGGCCAAGGUGGGACAUUUGCUCUUUAUUCUUUAAUCUGUCGACAUGCGAAAUUAAGAACCCUUCCUAACCAAGACCGGUCUGAUGAAGAGCUAACGACUUACAGUCAUUCCAUACACCAAGAACAAUCAUUUGCUGUGAGCUGCAAGAGAUGGUUGGAGAAUCAUGGUAGCAGCAAGAAAGGACUUCUAACUCUUGUGCUUAUUGGCUCUUCUAUGGUAAUUGGAGAUGGGAUUCUGACUCUAGCUAUAUCAGUUCUAUCAGCCACUGGUGGGAUCAGAUUAUACUAACCCAAGAUGACGCCGAACUCCUUGAAUGAAAAGCUAGUUGUGCUUGUUGCAGUUGCAAUAUUGGUUGUUUUGUUCAGCGUGCAACAUCAUGGUAUAGAUAGGUUUGGCUGGCUCUUUGCCCCAAUCGUCUUCCUUUGGUUUCUGAUAAUUGGAGGUAUUGGCAUAUUCAACAUUUGGAAAUAUGACAGCAGUGUUCUGAAAGCUUUCUCACCUCUGUAUGUAUGUCAGUUUUUCAGAAAGGGAAAUGGUUGGACAUCCCUUGGAGGUAUAAUGCUUUGUAUAACAGGAACUGAGGCCCUUUUCGCUCAUUUAUCCCAAUUUUCAGUUCUAGCCAUAUAGAUUGCUUUCACAUCAAUUGUGUUUCCAUGCCUUCUUUUAGCCUACACUGGACAAGCCGCCUAUCUGAUGAAAAACAAAGAUCAUGUCUUAGAUGUGUUCUAUCAUUCUAUUCCAGAUACCAUAUAUUGGCCAGUGUUUGUUGUUGCGACAGCAGCUGCUAUUGUUGCAAGUCAAGCGACGAUAUCUGCAACGUUUUCAUUGAUCAAGCAAGCUACUGCACUUGGCUGUUUUCCAGGGGUGAAAGUUAUGCAUACAUUAAAGAGGAACCAUAGACACAUAUAUAUUCCAGAAAUUAAUUGGAUACUUAUGGUUCUCUGUGUUGCUGUCACAAGUGGAUUCAAAAAUCAACACCAUAUUGGAAAUGCUUGUGGGCUAGCAGUUGUGAUAGUAAUGCUGGUAACAACAUUGCUAAUGAUUCUAGUUAUGGUGUUAGUAUGGCGCUGCCAUUGGAUUCUCGUCCUGUUCUUCACCGGUUUAUCACUACUAGUCGAAGGCACCUACUUUUCAUCCGUGAUCUUCAAGGUUAAUCGAGGUGGAUGGGUUCCGCUUGUGAUUGCAGCAGGCAUUUUUACUGUCAUGUCUGCUUGGCAUUACGGUACAAUAAAAUGUUACCAAUUCGAGAUGCAUAACAAGGUCUCGAUUCAAUGGAUCAUCGGACUUGGUCCUAGUUUAGGACUCGUUAGAGUCCCUGGUGUCGGAUUAGUUUACAGUGAGCUAGCCAGUGGAGUGCCUCACAUAUUUGGACAUUUCAUCACCAAUCUUCCUGCAAUUCAUUCUGUUGUGGUUUUUGUUUGUGUCAAGUACCUUCCUGUCUACACAGUCCCCGAAACCGAACGAUUCCUUGUAACGCGUGUCGGCCCCAAGAGCUUCCACAUGUUCCAUUGUGUUGCUAGAUAUGGUUACAAAGACCUCCAUAGGAAAGAUGAUGAAUUCAAGAAAAAACUCUUCGAAAGUCUCUUCAGGUUUAUCCGGCUCGAGUCCUUAAUGGAUGAUUUUUCAGAUUCAGACGUUUACAGUAGCGUAGGCGACAAGCAAUCCCAGAUUUCAGGAGACGACAACGCCACCCAAAAUAACUCCAAAGCGGGAACGGAUGCUGAUGUAGAUUUUGCUUCACUAAGCUCAGUUAUCACCUUUGAGUCCGCAGCUCAAGUAAACAAUGCCACCAUGGCCGUGAGCAAAUUAAUGUGCAGGAGCGAUGAAAUCAACGAGUUAGAGUUCCUGGCGAAGAGCAGAGACACAGGAGUGGUGCACAUACUUGGGAAGACAGUGGUGAUGGCAAGAAGGAAAUCAGAGUUUUUGGAGAAAUUAGUGAUUGAUUACAUAUAUUCUUUUCUCAGGAAAAUGUGCAGGGAGCCAAGUGCACUGUUUAAUCUUCCGCAUGAGUGUUUACUGAAUGUUGGACAAGUGAUUCUUAUAUAA